AAAACACAGCAGCAUUGGUUUUCCGUCUAGUUGGCUUUUCGUGUAGAAAUCGUAACGUUUCUCGAUUGGUUUAAAGUGAUAUUCCGCGCGGAAGAAGGCAUUAAGGAGGGCACCUAAAAGUUUUGUAAUUACGAUUGGGGUUCCUUGAACAUUCUCGUUCUAUAACCUCAAUAUCGUUCUCCGAGGUUCGCGAAAAGCCACACUCCUUGUACGAUGGAAGACUUUCAGAAGAUUGAAAAGAUCGGUGAGGGGACGUACGGCGUUGUGUACAAGGGACGGAACAAGGUUACCGGUCAGAUUGUGGCGAUGAAAAAGAUUCGAUUGGAAUCGGAAGACGAGGGCAUUCCAUCGACCGCCAUCAGAGAAAUCUCCCUCCUCAAGGAGCUAAAGCACCCGAACAUCGUUACGCUGGAGGAUGUGCUGAUGGAAGAGAACAGACUGUAUCUGAUCUUCGAGUUUCUCUCCAUGGAUCUGAAGAAGUACAUGGACAGUUUGCCGCCGGAGAAGAUGAUCGACUCGGAACUUGUCAAGAGCUACAUGUACCAGAUCACGGCGGCGAUGCUGUUUUGCCACAAACGGCGCGUACUGCACCGUGAUCUGAAGCCGCAGAAUCUGCUCAUCAACAAAGAGGGCGUCAUAAAGGUGGCCGACUUUGGCCUGGGCCGUUCGUUCGGCAUCCCGGUGCGUAAUUACACGCACGAGAUUGUUACACUGUGGUACCGGGCGCCGGAAGUGCUGCUGGGUUCGCCGCGUUACUCGUGCCCGGUUGAUAUCUGGUCCAUCGGUUGCAUCUUUGCCGAGAUGGCCACGCGGAAACCGCUGUUCCAGGGUGACUCGGAGAUCGAUCAGUUGUUCCGCAUGUUCCGUAUCCUGCGCACACCGACUGAGGAGAUUUGGCCCGGCGUGACCUCACUGCCAGACUACAAGUCGACGUUCCCAUGCUGGACACAGAAUAAUCUCGCCGGUCAGGUGUCCAACCUCGACUCGGCCGGUAUUGAUCUGCUGCAAAAGUGCCUCAUCUAUGAUCCGAUGUUGCGCAUCUCCGCCAAAAAGAUCCUCGAGCACAAGUAUUUCGAAGGGUUCGAACAGUGCAACAUUCCUACCGAGUAAUGGCCGAACCUGCCGUAGUAAGAAGCAUAUAUUUCUUUUAUUUUAUUUUUCUACGAAGGGUGUAAAUAUUCGUUUCGCCAAGAACCCCCUCUCCCGCUGGGAAGCGUACAAACUUCCCCUCGCGUCUUGUCCUGACUCCAGGUUCGCUUUUAUCUCGUGUUCGGUCCGAAUUGUACUGUACAUCUACGAAUUAUGCUAUCAAUUAAAUUAAUAAACAUGAUGUUUGUAAGAUUUAAGACCAAUCUUUCUCCUGGUUGA